AUGCAGAGGCGUAGUCGCCUCUAUGCUCCCGUUCCAGUCUCCACUACAGCCACCAAGGUCCAACUGGAGACGCCGAGAAGCACUGUGGACUUCAGUUUAGUCCUGCGAAUUUGGCGGUCCAGAGCUGGAUACAAUAAUAUUCGGGAUUUGUAUGAGACGUCUGAUUGGUUCUUUUCUUUUUUUGUACGAUUUGUUUUGUUGACGUGGAGGUGGCCAUGGGUUGAAGGCCGGAGAAUUGUACGUUCAUCGGAAAGAACAACCGUGCAUGGAGUUUGUCUCAAUCAACAUUGUCCUGCGUUCCGCGCUUUGGUGGAAGAGAAUGUCAAGCACUACGCACAUGAUCUUGAAGGUGCGGUGCACAUCCAUGGCUGGGUGCACAACGUGGAGAGCGGAGAGGUGUUUGAUUUGGGUGUCUCCGCCGGUCCGCCUGGGAAGGAGGUGCCGCCCACGCCGUUUCCUCUUGUUGGUUCAAUCGACCCUUGGAAAAUAGAUGCUCGCUUUUUGUGUUAUGCUUGCUCGUAUGAAAGAUCCUUACAAAUCCCAUCAUUACAUGCCCUUUUCACUGUCACUACCUUAUUCCUUCUUUUUCUGGUGCCGUCUGGCCCUCUCCACGUGGCCCGCUUCUACUUUACGGAGGUCAUCCUGUCAUCCUGCCACUCCCGACCUCUACAACUCUUUCGACCAGUCGUUCUCUUGUCUUUUUCGAGCUCAAGCUUCAAAAUCAUGGAAGUGGGGUCCUAUCGCAGCUUCGAAGCUCAGGACGGGCAUGUGAUCAGAACUCCACGACCUACUGCCAUGAGCUGCUUUCGCCGGCUCCAGCAAACAUUCUAUGGCGUGUCCUCCAACGUUACCACCAUUUCGUUCGUCUGA